CUCUCAACGAGCCAAUCGUCAAUGUCGUUGCGCAAUUCAACGAGUAUCCAGCAGUGGGGGGGCACACGACUUGGAAGCAUCGUCCAUAUAAUCCCACGAAGCAUCGAUGUUGCUUUGUUGACGGCAGAAAUCAAAAGCCCUGCGACGCACCUUGGCUGCAUGUUUGGCCAGACACACCGAGUUGCUCCGAGAGCAAACAACAUAUGUACGACUCAAAGGCCAAGGGCUGGCGUAGCAGAGCGAGUCAGCGAUGGCACAUCAAGUGUCGCUGAUUUCGGCGGCGAUUGUAGAAGAUAGCUGAGUCCCAACCAAGCAUCAGGUUGUUGAGUAAUUGCUCCAGAUCGAAACACACGACCGCGGGACGUUGUGUGUGUGGGGGGCACCAGUACAACCCGUUGGUCACUAUGGAUGGUCCCAACUUUGCACGCCAAGUACGAACGUGCGCACCAGGACCUUCCCAAGCUGCCCUCCAAGACGCUGCUCAACCCACCCCCCCAUCAGACAAGACCGCAUCGAGAAACGAAUGCAUCGCCGCUGCGUUCGACUACCUCUCCUGGGACUUCGGCAUCGACGAACACGCGGAGCUCGGUCGACGCGCAGAAGCAUCACGAUGCGGGAGAGUCUGGCGCGUACGUCCGACACGCCAUCGAUGCAGACCACCCGCCACCCCGAAACUCGUGGCGGAAAUCGAUUCCUAGCCCUCGCAAGGAUGAGUAGUAAGUAGUUAGGAGGUUCAGGACAGACAUCGUUUUCUGCAACUGUCCAUCAAGUACAUACUUCGAAGUACAUAGACACCGUCAUGGAUAUGUAUGUACGGGUAAGUAGUUGAAUCGUGACCGACUUCUGUGACAUGCACAACAAUGUACGAAGUACAUACUAGUGUGGUCAUCCAAACCCAGCUCAACGCUUGGUUUGCGUGACAAGUGAGCGACAAGUUGGGCUGCUGCAGAUGUCCAUGUG